AUGAAUAUAACCGGAUACCAAGAUAUGCAGGACAAUUACAUUUCACAAGCAAAUUAUGGGAAUAAACAAGAAUAUGUUCAAAAUGAAAAAGACGAUUCUCUUGAAAAACGAAUCGAAAAUAACAUCUUAUAUAAAGCUGAAAAUAAUUAUAAUAAUGAGCUUGGUAUAAUAAAAUGUAUAGAUUCAACGGAACACACAAAUGAAAAGAAAAAUAUAAAAAACUGUCAUAUUCAAGAUACUGCCGAGAUUAAUAAAAACAACAACUGCAUAAGCGAUAAAGCUAGUGAGAGCAAUUUAAAAGAAAAUCGUAGAAAGACAAUAUGUUUGUCUGAAAAUUUACGUUUGUGUACAAUAACAAACACGUAUUUGCAAGCGGUGUAUGAAAAAUUAACGGAUAUUACACGCAGCGGCGCGCACGCGUGCGGCGUGUGCGCGCUGCGCUACGCGUGCGCGCGGCGGCUGGCGGCGCACGCGGCCGCCGCGCACGCGCGCCGCUACGCCUGCAACCGCUGCGCACACCAGGCGCGCACCAAAUCGGAGUGUGUGAUCUGCCAGGCGAAGGUGCCGCCCGCGCUGCGCGCCGCGCACACGCGCGGGCACGCGCGCGCGCUGCGGCCGCCCAGCGCGCCCGCGCCGCCCGUGCACGUGCAGUGCGAUCAGGUCCACACCGGCGUCAAGCCCUACAGCUGCCACAUCUGCAACAAACGCUUCACCCAGUCCAACUCUCUGCACACGCACGUGCGUGCUCUCCACCUGCGUCUACCACGCGACCAUAGCACGCGCGACCAUGGUCCUCAGAACCUUAAUCCCAGCGACCAUACAUCACGUGAUCAUAUAUCAAGUGAUCAAAAUUCAAGCAACCAUACACCCAAG